GCGUGACUCGGAUACAGUGAGUCACAGAGCAGAGGAGGGAAGGAUAGCGUAGUAGUCUCUCAAUGUCCAGACAAAAGAUGUCUCAGGCUAACUGGUAGAUAAGAUGCCCUAAUAGUCCUUGAUCUGUAUUUCAAAGUUACUCUGGCUAAAAGUGUCGAUUAAAGCUGAGAGUGUGACCUCCCGAUAGAUUUCUCUCUAUCUUCCUCUCUCUCUCUCUCGUCCCGGCUCUGGGUUGUGCCCUUGGCUCGAGUCGGUUUGCCCUCGCCAUCAUGGCUUCCACUGGACUGCAGAUUCUCCUCCUCCUCACCUCCUCCCUCUCCCUCUCCGUGGCAGUCUUGUUCGGUGAGCCAAGAAUCUAUGGAGAGGAUGCCACCGGCUAUGGACCCAUCUUUGAAGAGGAGCCUCUCGACGUGGUCUACAUGGAGGACUCCCCUGACGCCAGGAUAUCCAUGAACUGCAGGGCAAGAUCGAACCCGCCCGCCAUGUACAGGUGGAGGCGUGACAACUGGGAGAUUAAGCUGAUGGAGCAGCCGGACGAGCACUACAGCUUGGUGGGGGGCAACCUGGUCAUCACCAACCCCCGGCAGAAGAAGCACGCCGGCAAUUACAUCUGCGUGGCCAAGAACAUCUACGGCACGGUCAUCAGCAAGGAAGCCAAGGUCAAGUUCGGAUUCAUGGAUGAGUUCCCACAGGAGGACAGAGAACCUGUCAUUGCCAAGGAGGGUCAGGGGGCCGUUCUCCUGUGUGUCCCCCCUAAGUCGUGGCCAGCCGAGGUCACGUACCGCUGGAUCUUCAACGAGUUCCCGGUCUUCCUGCAGACGGACCGCCGACGCUUCGUGUCCCAGCGCACGGGGAACCUGUACAUCUCCCGGGUGGAGGCGCAGGACGCAGGGAACUACUCCUGCUUCGUCUCCAGCCCCGUCAUCGGCAAGAGCGUCUUCUCCAAGUUCAUCCCCCUCAUCCCCACGCCGCCCGACGAAGGGGAUGAGAGGAGGUACCCAGCAGACAUCGCUGUGAUGUUCCCAGACACCACUGCCAUGCUGGCCUCCAACAUCACCCUCGAGUGCUUCGCCCUCGGCAACCCCGUCCCUGAGAUCGUGUGGAGGAAGUACGACAGCACCGACCUGCCGGCCAACCACGAGAUCAGCGCGUCGGGGGCGAGGCUGCACUUGUACAACAUCCAGUACGAGGACGCCGGCGCCUACGACUGCGAGGCCAUCAACACCAAGGGCAAGGACGUGCACAAAGCCUGGGUCUACGUGGAGUCUGCUCCAGAGUGGGCGGAGACCAUCAACAACACGCAGGUGGACCUGGGCUCUGAGCACACCAUGCGCUGCGUGGCGUCCGGGAAGCCCUUCCCCUUCAUCCGCUGGUAUAAAGAUGGUUACAUGUUCGGGAAAGGAGAGCUAAAGUUUUCCAGCCUAACGUUUGAUGACUCAGGGAUGUACCAGUGUCUCGCAGAAAACUACUACGGCAUCAAGUACGCCAACGCAGAGCUACGCGUGAUUGCCUGCGCUCCAACCUUCGAGCUGAACCCGGUGAAGAAGCAGCUGCUGGGAGCUCGGAACGGCCGGGUGGUGAUCGAGUGUCGGCCCCGCGCGGCCCCCCGACCGCGGUUCACCUGGACCAAGGGCAAGGAGCUGCUCUACAACAACUCACGCAUCUCGCUGAUAUAUGACGGCAGUCUGGAGAUCCUAAACGCCACAAAGAACGAUGAGGGUGUGUACACCUGCCUGGCAGAGAACGACCGGGGGAAGGCCAACAGCUCCGGCACGCUCACCAUCACAGAGGCCACAGAGCUCACUGUCCUCCCCGAGGACACCAUGGCCAAGGUGGGGGAGGAGGUGAUCCUGGACUGCGGCGCGACCUACGACCCCAUGCUGGACAUCGCCUUCGUCUGGGCCGUGGACUACCGCCUCAUCGACUUUGAGGCCGAGUGGCAGCACUACGAGAGAGUCGUGGAUGAGGACGAGGGCAACGGUUACCUGAGGAUCUUGAACGUCCAGGUGUGGCACGAGGGCCGCUACACGUGCACGGCUCAGACGGUGGUGGACAACGCCACCGCGUAUGCCGACCUCAAGAUCGUAGGCGUCCCCGGGCCUCCCGGUGUCCUGCGUGUAGAGGAGAUCAGAGACUCCUCCAUCAAGCUGGCGUGGAGCAAAGGAGGCGACCACAACAGCCCCAUCCUCUACUACACCAUCCAGACCAGACACUUCUGGGCUCUGAACGAGGACGACUGGAGAGUCGCCACCACCUCUCCGGCGUUCCUGGACGGUAACGCGGAGAUGGCCGACGUCACUGACCUGUUCCCCUGGAUGGAGUACCAGUUCAGGGUCAUCGCCACCAACCAGUACGGCGCCGGCGAAGCCAGCAUCCCCUCCAUCAAAAUCAAGACCUGGGACGCCUCUCCUGUGGUUUCUCCAACUGACGUGGCCGGUUAUGGAGGAAGAGAUGGAGAGAUCUUCAUCACGUGGAAACCCGUCGAACCCUGGUACUUCUCGGGCAAGAAGUUUGGUUACAUCGUGGCCUUCAAGCCCCACGACGCGUACGACUGGUGGUACGAGACCAUCUCGGACCCCGAGACCCGGCGCUACGUGCACCGGGACCCCUACUUCGUGCCCACCGAGGAGGACUUCCAGGUGCGGGAGUUCCAGGUGAAGAUCAAGUCGUUCAACGUGAAGGGGGACGGGCCGUACAGCCCCACCACCGUCGUCUACUACCCGCGGGAAGUGCCCUCGGAGCAGCCCACAGACGUCUAUGCCCGACCGGUGUCGUCUCACGAGGCCUCGGUGUGGUGGCUGCCCGUGGUCGACACCGGCACGGGCCUGCAGCAGUACAUCGAAGGGUACCAGGUGAAGUACUGGCGGAAGUACGACGACACGGAGCCCGGGGCAAACCGGAUCUUCGUGCCGGCCACGGAGAACCAGACGCGCCUGGAGAACAUGCUGCCGGACGCCCACUACCUCAUCGAGGUGCGGGCCUACAACGGCGCCGGCUUCGGGCCGCCCAGUGAGCACUGCGAGAUGUUCACCAGGAGACCGCCACCACCAGAUGCCCCCAGGAUGUGGCGCUACGUCAGCUGGACGGGCCAGUGGCUGUACGUCUGGUGGGACCACAUCGCCUACGACUGGUUCGGAGACAUCUCCUUCCCCCUGUACUACAAGGUCAUGUUCCGGAAAACAGGCUACAUCUAUGGGAAGGUGUACAUCACAGGCUGGCACUUCAUGGACUUCCCCAUGCCCCAGGUGGGGGACUAUGAGCUCAUGGUCCGGGGCCGCUACGAGGGGGGUGACGGACCAGUCCGGAAGAUCAGGAUCAAGGGGGAGGGAACUAUGACCACGCCUUCUCUAAGCCUGGCCUCCAUGCUGGCCCUGGCGCUUUGCAUUAUGGGAGGCCUGAUCUAGGCCGGUCCCUGGCACCCUGCCUGGAAAGGACUCUGAGAAAGGAAAGGAGGGAGUACAAGGAUCCUAAAAGGAAAAUCCAACUUUUAAUUGAUAUAGAAGCCAAACUUCUCAUCUCCAAACUACAUCAUGGCCACAAAAAUAUUGAACUGUAUUGGAUUAUGUUUGAAUACAAACGCCUACCCUUCCAAACAAGUUUUUCUCGAUCAGGUGCCGUUUGUUUUUAAAUGUUUAAGAGCUCUUACCUUGUUUAUUUGUCAAGAACAAAAACUCUGGACAAAUAGUGACACAUUUUGUCCAGUCAACUGUCUGGAAAGUUUUGUUGUGUUCUGCAUUGUGUUGUCUGCCCAACUUUUGCCCAGUUAUUAAUACGAUUAUUUCCCUGAUCUUUUGGCGGGCUGUGAACCACUGGCACCGUGACGUUCGGCCAUUAUCCUGUGAUUCGAUGUUGGGACCUGAGAAUUAAAAGACGGCACUUAUAUAUUGCAAGGCACGAAGGGAAUCUGUAAAAUAGACUGUAUAUAAAUCUCUCAAUACCACUUUAAAUAUUCAUUUAUGCACUUCAUAUUAACCAGCAUCAAGCUUUUGAAUGUCCAUGACACUGACUACUAUAGUAUGCAAAUUGAUGUACUGUCUUCAUAGUAUUGCUAUGAUGUAGGGAGAACGUAGGAGUGUAAUAAAUAUAUAACAGCUGAAUGUACCCUACUAGAAUGGCUGCAUUUUGGGGUAUUCUUGACAGUAACGGUAAAGCUAAGCAUUCUGGGUGAUGGAGUUCAUAUCAGAUAUAGUUCCAUGGCACUGAGCUUACUGACUAUUGUUUGUGUAAAUGUCUUUGAAUUACUUUAUUGAAUGACACAUCGUUCUGCCGUGUUCAACUUAGACAGCUUACACUACACCUACAUGCACUGUGUUAAGAAUGUUUAAGUCUUACCAGCUUGAAGCCAUUGAAGAGCUUUCAUAAAGAAGCUCUUUAUAUUAGAAAAAAACGUCAAAACUAAAAUGGAGGCCAGGGUACAACCAAUCACAAGUAAUUGUAAUUUUCUUCAGUCUGUACUUAUCAUGCUGCUUAUCAAUUAAAUGCAAUGCAAUAUAA